AAAAAAAAAAAAAAAAAAAAAAAUUACGCGCAUUUUCUUUUUACCUCACCAUCUCUAAAUAUUUCUACAGUAUGGCCACUCACGCUAUCGAAGGAGCCUCAAGACCUGAUGUCGACAUUGAUGCUCUCCCUUAUGUUGAUCGUGAAAUUGAAGAAAGCAACAUGAAGGCAACAGUGGAACGAUUAAUUGAGCAAGAAAUGCGCCGCAUGAAGAGAGUAGAACGAUCUGAUUUACCUUUAAACAUUGACCUGUUUGAAACCGACGACAUUUUAAAGCAAGAAAUCGAACGUAUUCAAAACAAGCAACCUUUGGACGCUUUAGAUACCGAACGUUAUGAAUUACAAGGUCCUUCCGAUGAAAAAGAUAUUGAAGCAUGGAAGACUGCUGUCAACAACACAAAAUCUCAACUAGAAUCUCAAGCAGGAAGCAUGGUUAAUUUAGAAUUACUUCAAAAGUAUGGUGCUAACGCCUGGAGAGUUCAUAACUAUCAAUUAGAAACCGAUCUCGCUAAUAUCAAAAAGAACACAGAAUACCUUCGUAACCAGAUCCUACAUAUCAACAGAGAGCGCAAGAACGAUCAAACUCAAGCUGCUGCUUCUCUCGCAUCACUGGAAAACAAAUGGUCCGAUUUAAUCACUCAGAAUUUACAAGUGGAUAUUGCUUGUGGAGCCCUUGAAAGUGAAGUAGAAGAGUUAAGAAGAUACAAACAAUCCAUUCAAAACCAAUAAGGAAAAAAGAAAUAAACAAUGAGAGAAAAA